AGCAGUAUGGCGGCAAACCCAAAACAUUGCAGUUGUCAAUGAUCGCCUGACACUUAACUGUGCACUACUUGAAGAAAACAAACAAACAAAAACAAGUCGAACUAUGUCUCAGUUGUGGCAACACCCAUAUGUCAAUGUUUUUAAGCACUUCAACGUUUCAACAUGGAAAAAGUCGACGAAGGAAGGCGAAGUUGCUGCUGUUAUGGACAAGUCAGUAAAGGGGACAGUCUAUCGUAUAAGUGGAGCCAUUCCAGCGGGCAACUUUAUUCAGCUGCCGAAGACCGGUUCUCAGUGCCUUGGAUUGACGGGACGUUACCUGUAUCUUCUGUUCAGACCCGUCCCGGCUAAGUAUUUCGUGGCCCACAUUGAUGUGGCCACCCAAGACAACUUGAUUGUACGAGUGUCAUUCUCGAACCUGUUCAAAGAGUUCAAGUCUACGUCCACGUGGCUCCAGUUUCCGUUUGUCUGUAAUGUCUCGGGCGGAUCAGUUCAUGCUUAUGCAGCAGUUGGAAGCAGAGACCACACUGGACCGGCCCCCCUGUCUGCGAGAUGGACUGUGCUGUGUCUGGACCUGCAGUACAUCCUGUCCAUGUACCUGAACAGAAAGUACUCUUACGUGAAGAGUGUCCGACUGUGUGCCAACAUGUUGGUGAAGAACGUCAUGACCAGCGAUGUGCUCUAUGAUCCAGGAAUAACGUUUGAAGAGUCGAAGAAAAGAGGACUUACCUCACAGGGAAUCAUGCCCAUGCCUAGAGAAAUGGCCUAUCCACUCUUCAAGGGAGACAACUGGCACGAUCACUAUGAUCUGAUCAGAUUUCCAACAGACAAUAACAACAAGAUGAAACCCUUUGACUCCAUCCAGAUGACUGACACCCAGGAUUUGUCAAGUGAUUCAAAAGUUUUGAAUCCAAAGCGAGUUCCAGUGAGAACUGUUGACGUUAGUAAAUGUGUGUCUGAACGCGUGUCGAUGAUACACAAACUAACCAGUCCUAAAGAGAAAGUGAGAAAGCGUGCACCGAUAACGACAGACCUGCCGGAGAUAGGUCUCGAGAACCUGUCACUAGCUCGUGACACAGACGUGCAUGUCUAUGCUCAUCCAGAAGAUGAUGUGCUUGUGCCUAGAGCCCAGGAAGUUGGUGCAGAUAACAGUCAUAACAACUUUUUGUCAAACAAACCGAGCUGCAGAACUCUGGAACCAGAUCCAAUAUUGAAAUUAAAACGGAUAGUUGGUUUCGGUGGAAGCACAUAUCGAGAGGCUGUUUGGUCGGCUGAUGGUACCACCAUUGUCUACCCAUGUCAUUCUGUUUUGGUUGCCAUGAAAGUCAACAACGGCCAUCAAAGAUUUUUCCUUGGACAUACAGAAAAGAUAUCGUGUCUGUCCAUGAACAGCAGUUCGUCACUGAUUGCGUCGGGUCAGACAGGGCAGAUGAGUGUCGUACGAAUUUGGAAGUUCCGGUCAGGAGAAUGUUUGUCCAUGUGUAAGACCCACGUUCAUUCACUGAGCUGCCUCAGUUUUUCUCAAAAUGGAAAUGUUUUGUGUGGUGUUGGAAAAGAUGGACAUGGCAAAAAUAUGAUUGUCAUCUGGAACACAUCGCGAGUGACAAAGAGUCGCGAGGUGACGGUCGUCGCUAAAGCUCACACUGAUGUUGAUAUUGUACAGAUGAAGAUCGCUGCAUUUGAUGAUACACGAAUGGUGUCGUGUGGAAGAGACAACAUCCGCUUGUGGCGUGUUAAAGAAGGAAGUUUGCGAUCAGCCCCAGUAUCGCUGGGAGAGUAUAACAACAUUGAGUUCACUGACGUUAGCUUUGAUGUCGGGUAUCGUCCCAGCCAAGACUUGGAGGCCAGAUCAAUAUAUGCAUGCAGUCGGUCUGGCCAUGUGUUUGAGAUAGAUUAUCAGAAAGUUUCCCUUCGACAUGUCAGACGUCUUCUACCCACAGAGAGGAAGUCUUCGCGAGGAAAAGAAAGCUUUAAAACAGGUAUUGGAAUCAACAGUCUGUGUGUUAAUGAGACGUUCUGUGUGACGGGAUCCGACGAUGGAUUCUUGAGGCUGUGGCCGUUAGACUUCGCCAAUGUCUACCUCGAAGCUGAGCAUGAGGGUCCUGUGACAGCAGUGAACAUGUCGCCAGAUGGACUUAAAAUUCUAGCAGGAACCUCCGUGGGAAACCUCGGAGUGCUGGACGUGUCGACGAGAGCCUACUCCACCAUGAUGAGAUCACACACUGCCCGGAUCCGAGGUAUCGCCGUGGAUCCAUACAGGAAACACCUAGCAACGGUCUCCGACGAUCAUUCCAUCAGAGUGUGGGAUGCUGAAACCUUACAACAGCUGUACGACUUCAGCACACCCAGUGAAUGUCCCUGUGCUAUCAGCUACCAUCCGUCAAGGCAGAUCUUCGCAUGUGGUUUUGAGAAUGGCGUAGUCAGAGUAUUCAACGUACAGACAACAAGCAUGCUAGCAGAACACAAACUCCACAGAGGAAAGGUUACUGGCUUGAUCUACUCUCCUUCUGGUGACAACUUGUACAGCUGCUGUUCACUGGGCUCGAUUGCGGUCUAUGACGCGUCGACGACCGAUUACCGCGUGAUACGAGCCCUGGCUAACACCGCCGCUAGAGGAGAACACCACGGGCCAGACGCCAUCGCCAUCAGUCCAGACAGCAGGAGAGUGGCCUUUGUCGGACCCUCCGAUUUUACCAUCACCGUCGUCGACGCUAAAUGUCUGGACGAGGUUUUACGCGUGGACAUUACAAGCAUGAACACAACAGACAGUUCGCGUUCCGUUCUUGAUUCGGCCAUCAAAGUGUGUUUCACUCCCAGUGUUUGUGGUCAUCUGCUGGUGACCACGUCCAGCAACAAACUGCUCAAGCUGGACUCAAGAACUGGCAAGUUACUAGCAGAGAUCAGUGACAUCCAUCGCAGUGGCUGUUCGUCUCUGGCGGUGUCAGAUAACGGGAAGUACCUCGCUACGACCGGGGACAAGGUCAUCAAGAUCUGGCAGUACGGCAUGAACCUUGACAUCAACUUCCAGGUGUUUAUUGGUCACUCGGAGAAGAUCAGUAAGAUCCUGUUUACUCCCGACGGUCUCGGCCUCCUGACGGCAGGGGAGGCAAUCUAUGUCUGGGACUUCCUGGCAGCGCGACCUCCUACUCCAACAGAAGGACGACAUCUGGAUCACAGCAACAAUGAAUCCAGACAGAUCGACUACAGUUCGCAGCAUCUGAACCUCAGUACCAGUUACACCGAUCUUCCCAGGCGGUCUCCACCCAAACCGACUCGCCAGGCUCCGGACGGGUUUAUAGACGAUCUCAGUUCUAUACACAAAUUUUCUACAGAUGCUGAUGUGGAGUCCGACAGAGAAGAGGUUUUGGUUGGUCCGGAACUCGGAGAUUACAAAGACUCAGAUGAUGAAUCUCCAGAAGUGGGAACGAUGGGUCAGGAGAUUCUUGGUAAAAGUCCAAACGUCAGAGAACACCGUCGACAGCAAGUUCCCGUGUUGACUCCAGUGAAACCCGGCCCACUGUCGCCAUCCCAUGUGGUGAAGAAACCCGCCGCCGAGGAUCGGUCUCCACCCUGUGUUCACAAACACUUCACACGAAGAAAGAAAAUACAUACCAUUGCUCAGCGGAGAUAUAUCGCCCCACCAAACCAGGCGGGUUUGAAACUGAAGUCAGUGAUCGGCUACAAUGGGAAUGGGAGGAACAACAUGGUAUGGCAACCUGAUUAUGGUCUGUUUGUGUACACCAGUGGCUGUAUAGUCAUUAUUGAAGAUCUGAAUAACGGACAACAAAAACACCUUCAAGGCCACACAGAGGAGAUAUCCUGUCUGACAUUACAGAAUGACUGUCAGAUGCUGGCCUCGUCCAGCGGAUCGUUUGGCUUGUCGGAAAGUCAGAUUUGUAUCUGGGACCUGAAGCUGUUCAUCUGUAAAAAGGUGAUCAGUCACCAUGAACAUGACAUCGUGUGUUUGGCUUACUCCCGCGACGACCGCUUCCUCAUCUCUGUUGGUGAUUACCAAGAAUGUUCUCUGGUUGUGUGGAGCACGACGAACUACGACACACUCUCCAUAACGAAGACUGCCCAUCCCAUACACGACCUCAAGUGGGAUCCAUUCACCAUGAACGAGUUCGCGUCGGUCGGCGCCAACGGCAACCUGCUGUUCUGGCUGCUGGAUGAGACAUCGUCGGACGUCUGUCUCAACGUCCACGAGGCUGACGUGCCAGAGGAACUCUUACAGAUGCACCAUAUGGGAGCUGGUCAGGUGGACUUCACCUCUCUUGUGUUUGCCGGAGACAGUACGAUGUACGCAGCCACAAACCACGGCCGCGUCUCCGCCUGGGAUACCAGAUGUAACACGUGUUUCAUGCACUGGGAGGCAGACUCAACAGAAAUAGGUCAGUUGGUGAGCUGUGGAAACCGACUGCUGACGGGCAGUGUAGGACAGAACGUCCGCCUGUGGUCCACGGUCGGCGUGGGCGAGAUGAGACUCCCCGGGGAGAACAACAGCAUACGAGUGGGAGGCCUCACCAUGGAGGAUGAAAUGACCUUGGAUGGAGCCAUUUGUUCCGUUUCAUUCGAUGACUGUCUGGAAAUGGGCAUAGUUGGAACGAGUGCUGGUACACUGUGGUACAUCAACUGGUCAGAGAGGACGAGUGUGCGUCUUGUGUCUGGACACAUGAACAAGGUAAAUGGUCUGACCUUGACCUCUGGUGGACUGUUGUCGUCGUGUGCCGAUGAUGGGAGUGUUCGGGUGUGGUCAGUGCAUGACAGAGAACAAACUCUACAGUUCCAAGUCGUUGAUCAGGCUUGUACGUGUAUAUCGUUUGCCCCGGACCAGCCUGCACCACAUGAGUCAGUGGUGAGUAGCUCCGAGUCUGAAGUGAUAUUAUCUCACAGGAGGAGAGACAGCAAACUAGUGCCGUACAUCGCGGCUGGUUACAGCGACGGAACGGUGCGCAUGUUCGACGUCAACAAGGCCGAGAUGGUACUCAAGAUGCACCCUCACGCUGUUGCCGUGACAGCGGUGUCGUUUUCAUCAGAUGGUCGCAUGAUUCUGUCGGGUGGUAGUGAUGGUCUGAUUGCGGUCAGCAGCCCGACCACGGGGAUGACUGUCAGAGUGGUCGGUGAUCACAAGGGAGCAGUCAUUACUAACAUUGAUGUCACAUUUAGACAGGAUCAAGAUUUUGGAAUCAGUGCUCCUUUGUUGUGGUUGGCUUGUAGUGCUGACCGCAGGGUCAGUGUGUGGUCUGCUGAUUGGUCGACCGAUUUCUGUGAACUUGUUGAUUGGUUGACCUUUCCUGCUCCAGCAUUUGCACCGGAUGGCUCCAUUUUAGAGAAACAUGAUAAGAGCCAGUACAGUACGCUGCCACCUAGUCUGGCUAAAUUCUCAACCAGUGAGCCGGACAUCAUCGUCUACACUGGCUACGGCAUGAAUAAAUGUCUUCAAUUUUACAGUCUCUCCCAAAGAAAGGUUGUAAGAACCACGUCUCUCACCCAGUGGACGCUGUCACUCGAUCUAGCCAAGAAUACAACACUUAUUGCAAUGGGUGCAAGCGAGAGACUGUUGAAACUAAUGGAAUACUCAGAGGGAAGUUUCCAGGAUUUCAUGGGUCACAAUGAUUCUGUGAACAUUGUCAAGUUUUCCGAGGACAGCAAACUUCUCUUUACUGCUUCCUACUCAGAAAUAUUUGUCUGGGAAGUACAAGUGUAGUGACAGUGAAAAACUUACUGCAGUACAUCAUGAUUGCUUUUCGAGUCGAUGAAGAACUUAUUGCAGUACAUCAACAAAUAAGAGACCAAGGGAUGUUUAACAGAAGCAGUAGCAAGUCUCCUUAGGUUAAGAUACAUGUUGAAAUGGGAUUUUGACUUAAAUGAUUUUACGCAGGGCUCGAACUUAAUGAUGGCACCGACAGGAGUUUGGGGCUUUACUGUUUGCAGUUUUUUGACGCUAAAUGAAAAUGAUUGGGGUCAGGGGAGGGGAUAAUUCUCACUUUUUAAGUUAUGGUUUAUUUGCUGCAGAAAUUACAGGUUUAAAAUUGCAGUAGGUGAGCAUUAUGCAAAAAUAUUUUUAAUUACUGUAGGUAGCAAAUCAUUCCAUCUGAGCCAUGUUUAUAACAAUCAUCCUUUAUGGACCGUUAGGUGACCAUGGAGACAUCUUGACUGUAGGAUUCUUGAUUUUAGACAUCUUGACUGUAGGAUUCUUGAUUUUUGACAUCUUGACUGUAGGUUUCUUGGUUUUAGACAUCUUGACACUAUUUUUCUUGAUUUUUACUGUAUACUUUUGUUUUAGAAAGUCCCUAUCGAAGCAACUGAAACUGGGGCUUCCGAUAACCUAGGUCAAAUUAUACAAAUGUUCAGAUAUUUAGUCAUUUAAAUUAUAGUAUAUAAUUUAUAGCGAAUUACAAAACACUUAUCUCUUCACUGCCAUAUCAGUGUGCUGAAUAACAUAUAUUUAAUUAACUUUUUUUAAAUGUAUAUAGCACAAUAUUUUGUCAUAACCUAUUUUUAUUAUUAUUAUGGAUCUAUAAGCAACUCACUGAACAAAAGUAAUAGAUAUUGAACAGUUCAAUUCAGUCUGGCACUCUGGAUGCGUUUCCACAAAAUUGGAGAAACCAUUGAUGUUACAGUGCAUGCAACUAUUCUCCGUCCAUAUUUAUGCAUGAUAAUGAAUUAUAAAGUGUCUUCUUUUUUCUGAUUGUAGCUUUGUCACAUUAAUAAAAUAUAGUUAAAAAUCAGUUUCAUCAUUUCAAACUGUCAUCUAGUAAAUAGUUUUUAUUAAACAUAAUUUUGAGGUUUUUAAAAAACAAGUUGUGUAUCAGCUGUCAACACUAAACACAACAAACAUUUAAAGACCUUGAAAUUGAUGACUCAUUUCAAAUGUUUUUAUACAAGAAAAUGCAGUUGGCAUAUUUUAGCAAAUAUUGUGAUACUGAUAAUAUGAUGUAUUAAAUUUAUAUUGAAAUAAAUUAUUUUGUACAUUA